CUACUGCUCCAUUGACAAACAUCCCUUGAAACUACACGCAAACACCUACAAUUUGGAAGAGGAAAUCAGCCAUCUCUUAGCGGAAUCUCUACUGACAAGUGAAACGAUGAAUCAUCCGUUUGGGACGCUACUUGAUUCUGCACGUUCAGAAAUUAAGCUUUUACUCCACUUGCUUCGUGCUCAGGCGGCUAUCUCCAAUUUACGCUAUUUGGACUCCUCAUUGCUUCUCACUCGAGCUUCCAGCUUCUUACGCCUGCUAACUAAGACACAUGGAGCCAAGGCUCAGUCUACCACAAAACCGGGUACCUUGAUUUCCUGGUACAACUAUUUUCAUGCCACUUUGCUCGCCAAGUUUACUCUUUACUGGUUCUCCGUUCUUCGUCAAGCAUCAGGACGCGACGCUGAACUACUCGAGGUAGCAGGCACCGAAGAUCCAUGUUUAAUGAUGAGAUUGAUACAAUUCAAAGACAGCACCAACGCACUCUCCGUAUCGCUUUUUUCUGAUACGGCGCCUUACGGGCAAGGUCACGGAUAUGUACUUCCUAGAACUUCCGGGAGUACUCUCACUGGUGGGGAAAGCAGUCCCUUCCUAUUUACCAUUCCUCAGGAGUCUGCGUUAUCUGCCACUGACGUUCACAUCAUCCAAACGUUAAUCAACGACUCCGUAAACGUAAGUGAACGUGACGGGUGGAAUUUGUUACUGCAUUCCUUUGAGGAGAAAGUGAACCGGACCUACGUUGUGCAAAAAUUAGAAACCAGCGUGUUCUUGGCAAUCGUGUACAACGGAUAUCGGGCACGGAAAGAUCGCCGAAUAUUAACUUUUCUCCAGUCACUAUCUCAUGUUGUGCAGUUGCAGUCGGUAGCAACCUUCCUGCGACCUCACUAAUUGGUUGGUUUGGCUACAAUUCACCUCACUCAUAGAAAGUUCCAUUUUGCAUCUGCUUAUUCGCUGAAAGUAAACUCCCUUUUGUAAUUCGAAACUUUUUUUCCGUCCACGAUGCAUCGAUUACCGUUCCUUAUUUUAUCGUGCGGUAGAGUAUGAUGGUGAUUUGUACCAUAGUAAUCUUAUCCAUCGUACUCCGCUACUCGAACGGGUAUCAAGUAUUUUGAAUUCCAGAGUGAAAGGCUAUUCGCUCAACUUGCUUCAGCACCGGGUCAGUCAAUUCCCUUCAAGUAUUCGUGCUCACGUAAAUCAGCGGCGUGCUACACGAACACAUAUAUUUUGCUUCCCGUCAUCGAAGUAACUCCUCCAUCCUGACGUUUCGGGUUUCUUUACCAAACCCUAAUUCACGUUUCUUACGGCUUGCCGACGCCGUGGCGAUAAGCUUGAUAAGAGCGAUCAUGUGUGUGCAAAAGCAUUCAUUUUGCGAACCUC